UUGUACACAAUCAUCAUGGCCGCCGCCGCCGCCGCCGCCGCCGCCGAUGGUGCUGAGGAGUCGGGCAUGGAGGUGGAGGCGCCGGAGCUGCCGCUGGGCUGCGGCGGAGAGGGCUCCUCGCCGGCCGCGGGGUCGUCUCCGCAGGGCGAGGAGCGGCGGGAUCCCCCGCGGGCGUCUGUCAGCAACGGCGGCGAAGGGGAGGGCGGGCGGGAGCUGGUGGAGCUGAAGGUGAUCUGGAACAAGAACAAGUACGACGUGAGGUUCGCGCUGGACAGCACGGGCGCCGAGCUCAAGCAGAAGAUCCACUCGCUCACAGGCCUCCCCCCUGCCAUGCAGAAAGUUAUGUUCAAGGGACUUCUACCGGAGGAGAAAACCUUGCGGGAAAUCAAAGUAACAAACGGAGCGAAGAUCAUGGUGGUUGGCUCCACCAUCAACGACGUUUUGGCUGUGAAUACACCCAAAGAGGCCGCUCAACAGGAGGUCAAAGCUGAAGAGAACAAAAAGGAGCCACUUUGCAGACAAAAGCAACACAGAAAAGUAUUGGAUAAAGGCAAACCUGAUGAUGUGAUGCCUUCUGUUAAAGGUGUUCAGGAGCGCCUGCCAACAGUGCCAUUGUCUGGCAUGUACAACAAGUCUGGAGGGAAAGUCAGAUUGACCUUUAAACUUGAGCAAGACCAGCUAUGGAUUGGUACAAAAGAGAGAACAGAAAAGUUACCCAUGGGGUCCAUUAAAAAUGUGGUGAGUGAACCUAUUGAAGGACAUGAGGAUUAUCACAUGAUGGCAUUUCAGCUGGGCCCAACAGAAGCGUCUUACUACUGGGUCUAUUGGGUACCCACUCAAUAUGUUGAUGCAAUCAAAGACACGGUGCUGGGCAAGUGGCAGUAUUUUUGAAAGCACGCUCACCUCUGGCACAGGAAAAUGACACAAAGCAAAGGACACUGCUGGGGGAGGCCUCCAACAUCCCUGGAUGUGACAGUCCUGGAACUUGUUAAUAAACCCUGACAAACGAGGCAUUGAGGGAAGCCAGAGGUGAUGUCCUUUCACCAUUAGUUUACUUUUAACUUAAAAAUUUCACCAUCCCUUUUCUGCAGUCAGCUUCAACCAUAUUUAAAGCAAAUACAAUGGAAAUCAAUAAAUCUUAAUUCACAAAGUAUCAUGUGUAAUACACUUAAAUCUGCUGAGAGUUGAUCUUCCAGUUUAGUUUUGAAAAGGAAAUAUGACGAUGUAUUAUGGAGGAUUUUUUACAUGGUUUGAACAAAACCAGCUAUUUUCAUAAUCUUUCAGUUAAAUUUAAUUUCGUGACUUGGUUGUGACUUUCAGAAGCUGUUUUUUUAAGAAUAAACUUUAAGCAGUAUGCAAACUGAUGCUCAGUAAAGCCAUAUUCUGCGGCCCUUUGGUUUCAGGUUUGACUCUUUGGUAGCAAAACUAAUGUUUUCAUUAUUAUUUUAACCCAAAGAUGCCCUGCUUCCUUCCCUCCCUCACCGAUGUGUUCCAUACCAGAAGCUCUGGGUUGGCACUCCAUGUAGCAUGUUUGGAGCACAUGAACAUCACUGUGCUGCUUCCCGCUCCCGUUCAUGCCGUGUUAGUUGUUCCUCUCCCACCCUGCACCUCGCUGCUCCUGUCCUGCCCCCAGUGUGAUGGUAUUGGAGCAUUCCCCUGACCCUGCAUGCUGUGGUCUAGAGUCCUUCUGCAGCAGUUGCAGUGACACUCACCCGUGUGACUGACAAACCCUCCUGAGCUGCAUUGUGCUGCUGGGUGAGCACAUGAAGCAGCAACACCAGCCUUGGGAGGGAGAGAACCAAAGAGAUCUCCCUGCCCUGAUGGGAAGGAGAGAUGCUCAGAUGCUGGUUUGGACCCUCCAUCACCGCAGUAGUCUUUUGUGUCCUGGAUGUGAAAAUGUAUAGCAAUGUUAUUCAGUGAAUCCUGCCCAAUUCAGAAUAUCUGUCCAGCAGCUGGUCUCUUGAAGUUGAGAUCACCUUUCAGUUUUUCUCUGCUCAAGUUUACAGGAAGCUCUUGCCUCUCGUCCUGUCUGAAGCAGCGCUCCCAUCUUUGGCCUGUGAAGUUCUGCCUGUCCUCUCAGCCAGCCACGUGCCAUUAUCUCAGGUUUCUGAUGGACCUUUCAGUCCUGCAAAGGUGCAGACCCUUCGCAGAUAGUGCUGGGCAGUCAGGCUCAAUCCGCCUGGCUCCGUGUUAAACCUGCAUCAGGCAGGUCGCUGUUUAACACUGAACUUGACAGUGCUCAGUGCAAGUAGCUUAACGCUCUGUGAACCCAUGGAGAGGCCUGUUGGGAAUAGCUGGUCUUGGUGUGCUCCAUGUCUUGUUUUCUCUUUCCCUAAAGCAGCCCAGUUGAAACUCAGCAGGUGCAGAUUCCCAAACGAGUAUUUGUUCGGUUUUAUUUGAGAGUCUGGGAGAAGCAUUCACUUUAUGGUAUGUGUUAUGAUUCCGUAUUUCCUUGUAAGCUCUUGAUAGCAACGUAAGCAGCUUUUGUUUUGUAUUUUCAGUCAGACCACCCAUGCAAUACAAAUCUUAGAGGUGUUUUGUAUCCUGCCUGUAAACCGGUGAUGUACUUGUCACUCCUGUAGCUUGAGGUGUUUCUUUUCUGUACGCAAGCCAGCAGCAGCGUGUCCUGCCCUAAGUGCACUGAGAUGGGAGCAAUUCCUGUCGGGUCCCCAGAGCAGCUUGGAGCUCGCAGUGGAGCUGGAGUGACCGGAUGGGAGAGAACAUUGCACACUGGAUGCUGCUGUCACGCUUCUGAUUCAUUGCCAGUCCUGCUGUUCAGGCACAAUUUAAACUCCAGGACCUGGUGGAGAGUGUACGCACUGCAGCGUAAAGACAACGGUGCCAUCAGCUUUUCCUGUCACUUGGGGUCACCUUUGCACUCACCAUCUUGUUGGUUCUGUGACCAUCAGCUCCCACUUGCUACCUGGCUUGCCUGGACCUGUCUGUCCAUCUGCUCAUAUUCCAUUUUCCUUCCCUAUCCUCUCGCUGUGUGCUCUGGAACAGGGCAUGUAUCUCUGUUCCAGCUCCUGCCCAGAGCUCCAGUGUGUCUGUGCCCGCUGCAGUGACCAGGGUGAGCAUGCUCUGGUGCUGCAGGAGGGCAGGUACCUGACGCAUUGCUGUGAGGGCACCACAGGCACGGGGCAAUGUGCCACAUUCCUGUCUGCUCCUGUCCCAAGGGCACGAUUCCUCUGCGUCCUGUGCAGGUACAGCUGCUCAUCUCAAAGGGAACUGAGUAUAAAGCCCAUUGGUUACAAAGCAAGUUCAAACAUGGAGAAUACUAUAAACUAAAUGUAAUUCUGUUCAGGUGCUUCUUUUUACGUUGGUUUUUAUUUGAAAAAUGAAAUUGUUUCACUCUUUUGUUCUAUGUGCAAAGUUUGAAUUAAAAUACAGGAAAAUGA